GUGUGUCCCGUGGAGGUUGCUGUGUUUUCGUGCUCCAGCGUGCCCGCACGGCACACAGUGUUAUACACGACGCGCGCGCGCACAUAUUCACACAUACACGACGUGCAACUAACCAGCGUGCGUGCAUGCAUCGCAUACACACACGACGAAGGCGUGUUGUAUAGGCAUACGUUCGCCGAACACGUGCACACACCUGUUCGCCGCACGUUCCCGCAGCGACCCAAACGCGGAACAGCGUACAGCUCUCGCGGUCUCGAGGAAAACGCGUGCACGGAUGCACGAGCGAUGUCAACAGUUCCAUUCUUAUGACACAGUGUUCGAAUAUUCUCUCCACGAGGAUCUCGCGAGAGUCGUUUCUGCGGAAAGGACUUUCAGAAUUGUUGCACAUGUGAGUGAAUCGGGAUGCGCGACGACAAGCGAGUUUAAUCUCCAUCGUUGCUAUACGUGAGAUACGAGUGGACGUGCGUUUCAUGGAGUUAUUCGACGGUCCUUGAAUUGUCACUGUUUUUCCACAACACAGCCAUGGAUUAGAAAAUCAAAACCAGUGAAAAUCAGUGUUGGACGCUAUCGUGACUGUGUAUCGCGAAUGAACAUCGGUAAGAGCACCUCGAUAUUCAUGACCGAUAUUUAUGAACUAUCGAAUCAUUUGUACGCGUGGAACACGUGCUGGAUAUCGCGGCUCGUGCGUGAGUCGAGAGAAGCAGGUGUUGAGUCCCGGGAACGCGCGCGAUCAUCACACGUUGGCCUUUCGCGCGCGCGGGAUCGCUUUCUCUGCCCGAUGAAUUCGGAACUCGCCGACGGCGAGUCGAUCUUUCUCCGUCAGGUGAACUCGUGAAGAGGAGAAGCGAUUCUCGCGUAAUCGCUCGCGAUUAGUCCCGCACGAAGACCGACACUGACGAAUGCCGCGCGAGUGAAUUGCGAGGCAGGGAAAAACGCUCGGGAGAAGAAAAGGAGGAUCAUAUCGCACGGCAAUAUCGCACGAUUGUGGUGUAGUCGCUCAAGCACUCAAGCGAAAGGUACCUGUCGCGUCGCAGGAUCGCAUACGCGAGCCUCACCUGUAGUCCUCCUCGAGCGUCGCUUUGUCGCGGGCGAAGCCGACCUUUAUUUGUUCGUUUCAAUUUUUUUCUAUCUGGAAAAAAGUCGGAAUUUUUGUGGACGACGGAGAGGAACGGUAACGCGCGCGAAUCCUUCACAUUCCGAAGUGUUCACGAAGUGUUCAGUGUUCGGCAAAAAGGAUCGUCUUUCCCCCCACCCUUUGUUCUACACGCCAGUGGAUAUUUUCGGUGUUGGUGCGCGGACCGGAGAAAUCUGCGGUGUGCAGUGUGCAAUCGAUAAUAGCGAUCGAUAAUAUUCGGUGAGAGUGGUGAGAGAAGGAAAGAGAGAAAGAGAGAGAGAGAAAGAGAGAGAGAGAGAAAGAGAGAUCAAAGGAUACGCACAAACGCCGCCGGCAUCGAAAGGGGUUGUUUGAGAAGCAGCCGAGCAGUAGCGCGGGGAUAUCGGUGAUAUGCGGUAGUCGAGGGGAUUCCCCAGGGAGAGACAUGAGGGCAGUCGCCGCCUACCUGGUCCUUGUCCACCUUAUACAGGCGACAAUCGCGAGCGGAUUCUUCGAAGUGCAGAUCCUCUCGCUGACGAACAAUCAGGGCACCCUAGUGGACGGUAGGUGUUGCGGAGGAGGCAAGGCCGGGAAAGAAGAAUAUCCACCCUGCACGAAGCCCUGCUCGACAUUCUUCUGGCUCUGUCUCAAGGAAUAUCAGUCGAAUGUCACCGCCAAGGGUCCCUGUAGCUUUGGCAACGUAUCUAGUCACGCUCUCGGCUUGAACACCUUUACCCUCAACGAACCCGUCACUCUGCAGCUCCAUUUCACCUUCCGAUGGACGAGGCAAUUCACGUUAAUUUUGCAAGCGAAGGACGAGCCGACCGACGAACCGAUCGAGGAGACGAGUUACAGUGGCAUCGUCCUGCCAGGAGCCAAGUGGCACACUCUCAAACAUCCUGGAAGAAACGCUCAUUUAGUGUAUCGGGUGCGAGUCCAGUGCGAUGAAAAUUACUACAAUGCCACCUGCACCAAGUUCUGCCGACCUAGAGACGACAUUUUCGGCCAUUACAUCUGCGAUGAGAAUGGGGACAAAGCGUGUAUACAAGGUUGGAAAGGCGUCGACUGCGAGACAGCUGUCUGCAAGGAGGGUUGCCACCCCGUGCACGGUCACUGCAACGUCAGCGGCGAAUGUCAAUGUCGCCACGGUUGGCAGGGUGAAUUGUGCGAUCAGUGCAUGGUGUAUCCGGGCUGCAAGCACGGCUAUUGCAAUGGCUCGAGCUGGCAGUGCAUCUGCGACACAAAUUGGGGUGGCAUAUUGUGCGACCAGGACCUCAACGUCUGCGGCACCCGUGAGCCGUGUCAGAACGGCGGCACAUGCGAGAACACCAAGCCCGACCAGUACCGAUGCACGUGUCCGGACGGCUUUUCCGGAACCGAGUGCGAGAAUGUCGACAAUCCGUGCGCAUCCAAUCCCUGCUUGAACGGUGCGACCUGCCGCGAACUCGGCGAGAUCGCGCAAUGCGAGUGCGCACCGGGUUUCACCGGACCGUAUUGCGCGACCGACAUCGACGAGUGCGCCUCGCAGCCGUGCCAGAACGGCGGCACUUGCGUGGAUGGCAAGAACAGCUUUGCGUGUAACUGCCCGCCCGCCUGGCAGGGCCUGCUCUGCCAGUUCGACGUGGACGAGUGCACGCUCAAGGAGCCGCCCUGCAAGAACUUCAUCACCUGCGUUAAUCUCGCUGGCGAUUACAGAUGCCGAUGCCGGAGCGGUUUCACCGGCAAGAACUGCACGAAGAACAUCGACGAUUGUGUCGGUCAGUGCCAGCACGAAGCGCUCUGCAUUGAUCUAGUGGACGACUACCAUUGCAGUUGCACCCCCGGCUAUUCUGGCAAAGACUGCGACGUCGACAUCGACGAGUGCGCGUCCAAGCCGUGCCAGAACGGCGGCGAAUGUCGCGAUCUGGUGAACAAGUACGAGUGCGUAUGCCCGGUGGGCUUCACCGGCUAUCAGUGCGAGAUCGACCGCGAUCACUGCAGUCCGAAUCCCUGUCGUAAUUCGGCGCCCUGCUUCAACACGCAAACUGACUAUUACUGUCACUGUCCGGUACAAUGGAAGGGCAAAAACUGCUCCGAACUGGCUCCGCAUAACCCGCAGUUUGACGUGACGGAACUGCUUGGCUGCGGCAGCGAAGGCGCGCCAUGCGGUGGCCGCGGUCGCUGCAGCGGCGGCAGAUGCAUCUGCAAUCCGGGCUACACCGGUACACACUGCCACGAAAACAUCAACGACUGCCGCGGCAAUCCCUGUCUGAACGGAGGCACGUGCGUUGAUCUGGUCAAUUCCUUUCAGUGCAUCUGCAGAGAGGGAUGGAGCGGCGAUCUUUGCGAUCAAAACUUGGAUGAGUGCGCGACGCAACCCUGCCGCAACAAUGGCACCUGCGUAGACGGCGUGGCAGAUUUCACGUGUAUUUGCCGGGGCGGCUGGAAAGGUAAGACAUGCGCGUUGCGCGGCAGCCACUGCGAACCGGGCACUUGCCGGAACAGCGGCACCUGCCAGGAUCACGGAGAUAGCUUUGCGUGCCACUGCCCACCCGGCUGGGGCGGCGCAGCCUGUCACAUCGCGUCACCGUCAGCGUGCACGAGGAAUCCCUGCAAAAACAGCGCGACAUGCGUGAACACGGCUGACGGCAGUUACCGAUGCGUCUGCCGCGAGGGCUUCGAAGGUCCGAAUUGUCAGCGCAACAUCGAUGACUGUCAGUUGCUGCCGUGUCUGAACGGCGGCAAGUGUGUGGACGGCAUCAAUUGGUUCAGAUGCGAAUGCGCGCCUGGCUUCACAGGUCCGGAUUGCCGCAUCAACGUGAACGAUUGCGCGAGCAAUCCGUGCACCAGCGGUGCCACAUGCAUAGACGGCAUCGCGAGUUACACGUGCAUCUGUCCGCCCGGCAGAACCGGCCCGCAAUGCGAAAUUCGGACGGCUGGCGGGCCCGGCUGCACCGCUGCUACAUGGAACGACGAUUGCAACGUGUGCGAGUGCCGGAACGGCAAGAACCAAUGCAGCAACGUCUGGUGCGGACCGGCCAAUUGCUUGAAUGGUAGUUCCUGCUUCACCCAUGAGGUCUGCGUGCCCAGUCCGGGCGAGAGCUGUCUGGCACCACCGUGUCUACCGUGGGGCGAAUGCCGCCCGGUGGAAACUGGCAGACGAGUCGGUCCGCCGGCGUUACCAGCUCCGCCGUCCUGCUGGCCCGGACAGUCUAUUCCCGGGCCAACUUGCUCGAGACUUGCGAUACUACUGCGAAGGGACACUCUCACGCCCGGCACUUCGGUGGAAUUGCUGUGCCGUCGUCUGAGGAAGCUUUUAGCUGAUCCACGGAGGCCGCAGUCGGUGGUGCUGUUGUGCGAUCUGAAACCUGGCGACAACGACACAGUGGAGGUGACCAUUUUUUCUGAGGCGGCAGCUGAGGUGGCGCGAGACCUCGGCGAGAUGCUGAGCCGUUCGCUGGCGAGACCUCUCGCUUUUGCCUCCGUUCUAGAGGUCAAAGUGGAAACUGCACUGCUCAGCGAACCCAGUUUGGCGGGUGCGGGCAACACCGGUGGAUACGUGGCUGUUCUAGGAAGUGCUUUGGCGAUUGUGCUGGUGCUGGCGCUGUUCGGUGGCCUCUGGUAUCUCAGAAGCAUGAGGCACAGAUCGAAUCUGACACCAACCACCAGCAGUGAGACCUCCUUGCACCGUCAUCGUAGUGAUCUGGACGAAAAAUCGAACAAUCUGCAGAACGAAGAGAACCUGAGGAGAUACGCCAAUCCACUCAAGGACUCCGAUCCCGAGCCUAGGGUAUCCGUCGUGAGACCUUUAUCAGGCACAUCACUCGGUACCUUGAGCGGCACCGAAGAGAGCCUCGAGAUGGUGUCCGAGGAAGGCAGGCAUUGUUUACCGCCGCUCUACAAACCGCCCAGCGCGGAAGCUAGAAACAAUACGGCCAGUUUCAGCUAUGAAGAAGGGCCGCACAAGCCGUACAGCAAGCCCAGGCUACAAGAACCGCCAUACCCUCAUCAGCAACCGGGUACCAGCCAGACGUCGGGGCCGCAUCAAGUGCUGACGGUACACGUGUGAUUAUUAAGAUCGCUAAGAUAAACAGUUGGAAAACAAUUCGACGGUGUCGGCAAUUUUUCCUAGUUUUUCUUGAAGCAGCCUAUCUCGACGAUGGGCUAAUGAAGGUUUUUAGAAGGUAAAAGAUAACACUAGAGACUGAAAGCCUGCUUGGACGUUUUAAUUCUUUGUGAUAACAAGAAAAAUGGAACUCUUCCGACUUCGGAAUAACUCGAGAUGCUCUCCUUUGAGAUUGUUUUUCGUGAAAGUUGAGUCUAGAAUAUAUUAGGGACAAAUGCAGAGAAAAGAGAAAGAGGAUGCACAAUUCUUAUCAAGUUCCGCAAUGCUAUAAUAAAAUAGAUAUUAUGAAAUAAUACGUAAUUUAUUAAUGCCUGUUUAACUUGCAUCUUUUUACGAUUAAUUUGUAGCACCGAGUAUCGAUAAGCGCGUAAAUUUUUUACUUAUUGAUGAAUGUAUAAAAAUAUAAAUAGCGCGAUUUUUUUAUAUAAAUGACAUAUUUUUAAAUUAAAAAUUUCAAUGAAAAACAAUUGGAAUUUAUUUUCUCUCUUUCUCUUCGUUCGCUCCUUUCGCGCUUCUGUGCGAUGACAAUAAGCGAUCGACAAUUAUAAAUAAUUUUAAUGAUAAUGAACAAUUGUUAUCGUUGUACAUAUGUAUAUAGCUCGUACUUAUUAAUUUUGCUAAGUCUGUAUCUUCUUUCCAUCUUCCUCGGCGUUGCCAUCCCUAUACGCGCCUUGAUUUCACACUACUAUUUGACUGCUGCCAUUAUAUUCAUUUUUUAUUUGCAUAAUUUGACAAAUAUAAAAUAUAAAUAUACGGGUAGUACCGUUGCAUCUGCGAGAUGCAUGUUUGUCAUGUAUAAUCGUCAAAGUAAAGCUGCAUUUUAUUUGAACAAAAUUGAGAAAUGCUCUAAAAAAUAUGCAUAAAUGCAUACAUAAUGUGUCGAUAAAUAUGGCGAAAACACAUGAGUUUUUAAAAAUAUUUUAUCAUUUUAUGAUUAACGCUGCGCUGACAUUGCUCGAUCGUCGUAUGUGAAAGUGUGCUUUGUAUGAUACAAUGUGGGCUUCAAACGUUCCUUCAAACGAUAUUAUUGUGAUAUUCAUAGAAGAAACAACGUCGUUGUAUAGGAUUAUUAUGGUACUCCGCGUGUUCAUCUACUUCAGCACUUACUCGAGAUUUAUUUUUGCGAGGGCAUGGCACGUGAUUUUUACAUCAUGAAAGAUAUUGCCACUGCAAGGAAAUGUAUUAUUCACUUAUGUGGCAAAGAAGAGAAACCGAAAUACUAAAUCAUUACAUAUUUUGAUAUCGGAACAUAUUUCUUACACUUCUAUGUACACUUAUUAAAAUUUAGAAUAAUGAAGUAACAUGAAAUUUUCUGUUGCACAAAAAUAUUUAAGAAAAUAUAUACGCGUUCUGACUCAAUAUAUCCUUGUUAUGCGUAUUUUGGUUUGCUCGAUACUUUUAUGAAAUACUAAAUCGAUACAUUGACUUGCGAAGAUUAUGUCAGUAACGUAAAUAAUGCGAUUUUAGAAUAUAUUUGAAUGCAAUGGAAACGAUGUAUAUAAUAACGCUAUUGCAUCAUGGAACGAUGUAAAUAAAGUACAUACGUCCAUAUCGUUCUCAUCCCCAGUCAUCAUCGACCCCUAUAUUUAGAUGUGCAAUUUGUUUUUUAUACUAACUAUACGAUCUUCUCUCUCCAACCCUUAGCAAAGCGUUUGCAAUAAACUAGUUUAAACUGAGAAGCAUAGCUCGUUCUAGGCGUGCAUAGAUUUUUACAGCAAAAAAGGAACAAAGUUUUAUAAUAGAUACCUUAUUUUAUAGAGAAAACUAUAUUGUAUUGUACGAAAAAAAUACAUAGAAGCAAGA